AGAAAUAUAGUCACCUUCAAGAAUUUGUAAAUGCAAAUGUUUUUUAUCCAUUAAUUUUACGUUGAAUACAUUGUGAAAAAGAAAUAUUUAAGCUGUAAUUUUUACUUUCCUUGUGAUCGCAAAUAAAAGAAAAGAAAAUAGCUAAUAACUACUUAGUCCGCUCAUAGUGACGCAUCGUGCUUACGCCCAGUUAUUUCCAAGCUUCUCAAUUUGAAAUACUCGUAGAAAAUAAGUAAAAACAUUUAAAACGUAUUGAUAAUCACUAACUACAAAACGAUUUUCAACAUUAGAAAUCAGAAAAGUGUAUUUUUGAAACUAUAAAAGCAGAAUACAAUAAAAACCAAAGAGAUGAAGAAGCGGCAAAUUCCGUUGACAGUUGUAUAUUUGACAGUGUUUAUCUGUGUUUCUGGAGCAGUGGAAACUAACAUAACUAGCGAAGGAGUUGUCCAAGGCAUAAUUCCAGACUGUCCGGGCUCCUGGCUACCAUCCAGGAUAAAACCAGAAAGCUUGAAACAACUCCAACUGUCAGUUCUAAGCCACGGCAACAUUAUUACCGCCAAAUGGCCUAAGUACAACUACUACCGCGUGAAGGAGAUAGUCCGUAACCCUAAUUUUAACGUCAAGAACAAGACUAUGCUUUAUGUCGGGGGUUACUGGGACUCAGGGACUUGGGGUGUGGGAAGACUAUUGGGUCUUUUGUAUAAGCAGAUGGACUAUAAUGUGCUUCUUUUGGAGACGUUAUAUUUCACGACGACGACUUUUACGAAGGCUUCACGCCUAAUGCGUCCAGUUGGAAAACACGCUGCUGAGAUGCUAGCAGCCCUCUAUAAGCUUGGAAUGGACCCUAAACAUCUCACCAUAUGCGGCAUCAGCCUCGGCGGGCAAACCAUUAGCUUCAUAGCCAAGAACUUCCGGAGAAUCACUGGUCAGAACGUCUCCACUCUCGUCGCCUUAGACCCUGGUGGUCCUUGCUUCAGAUAUCUCGGGCCGGAUCAGAGAUUAGAUCCCUCCGACGCUGAUUUCGUCAUCGCUAUUAUCACAAACAGCGAAGGAUUCGGGAUAGGUACUCCAGUUGGAACUAUUUCAUUCUACGUCAAUGGAGGCGAGUGGCAACCUGGGGAAAUAUCGUUCAUACCUUGCUCGAUUAUGUGCAGUCAUAUGAGAUCUUAUUUUGUCUGGUUAUCUGCAUUGAUGAACCCUCAUCGCUUGAUUGCCGUGCGAUGUGAUUCUGUGGCGCAGGCAAAAAUGGGCGAUUGCUAUGAUAAACAGCCGUUGGUAACGAAUACUUUAGAUAUAUAUUUGGAUAGAAGUAAGCCAGGUAUUUAUUAUCUGCCGACAAGCAAUAGGUGGCCGUAUGCUUUGGGUAAGAGAGGCUUGAGAAAGAGGAGUAAUAAUACGUUUAUCCCGAGUUUCUAGUUAGCAUAAAUCAGACUUGAUGAUAAUAAAUUUAAUUUAUGUAACAUCUUCCUAAUAAAAAAUAAAUAUUAAUGUAACUCCGAAAAGUAAUCUCGUAUUGGUGUUUUAUUACUUUUUGCAAAUAACAAUUGAAUAAACGUCUAUAUUAUAAAACUCUGUAAUCAAAGCGCCUGUGACUUAAUACGUAGCAAAGAUAUUAGACGUUGUUUGAAAUGUUGCAUAUAAAUACGUUUAGGAGUUGUGUUGUCUGAAUUCGUUUGUAUUAUUUUGUUUAUGUUUAUUUUGUUUACAAAUUAAGGUAGAAGUACUAUACAGAAAAAUCUUCGUUGUUCAAAUUUAACCUAUAUUUCCAUGAAAUAAAGUGCCCAUGUUGGUGACUAGUGCAGCGUCGAGCACUAGUACCUCUACCUUAGUGACUUUCUAAUAUUAAUUUGGCUUCAAAAUUUUAUUUUUUAAAUUAAAUUAACUUUGAAUACUAAUAAAUAUGUAACAUGACAACAAGUUAAUACUUUACACAAACAACAGGACGUUACCU